CCACUUUCUUCUUGCGAUAUCCAACUUGUAUUCCAUCCAAUCCUCCCAAUCUCUGUCUCUGUGCUUCUAUCUCUGCGAAACAUAUCACUUCACGAUUUCUCUCACACGUUUUCCUUCCCGACCAAUCGCUUCCACAUCCCGCCAUGUCUUCUACCGAGCCGCCCUCUGACCAGUUCAAAACCAUUCUCCUUCGGUCGAGCACACCAGCUCCCAGUGAGAAAGUCCUUCUCUACCUCGAGAGCCUGCGCGAUUCAGGCAAUUUCGAUCCUGGAUCCCCCAUGUCUUCCCUCCCGCCCCUGAACGGCCACUCAGGCAAGCGGAGUAACGUCAGCGCCUCCCGUGUCGAGGACGCAUACGAGAUUAAUUCCAACACUCAAGACGGAGAGAAGACGGAACUUAGCGAAAAUCGUAUGUCGGACAUGCCCGAGCCUGGCCCACAGGACCCACCAGGGCCUCACUACGAAUCGUUUGACUCUGGUCCUUCUUUUGGCAACUUCGGCCCUCUGCCCGACCAUACUGGCCAGUCUGGCAUUCAAACUUCUUACACCGGUGCCAAAUUUCCGCUUCCCCUGUCCGUAGCAUCUCCUACCUCUGGCUCCCGUAUCAAUAUCAACAUCGAACCCCCCUCCAGUAGCUCUGCCUCCAGAUCUCAGAAAACACAGUCUCAGGAAAGUGCUUCCCGCCCCCGGACACACAAAAGCUCGGUCAUAAGCGAGGAUAGAGGCACCCUUACUGGCCGCAGCGAAAAUCCAAAGGCGCGCAGCAAAGCUCCAUCACAAGCCCUUGCUGGCAGUGAAGCUCCCAUGUCUUCCAAGUCGAGAUCUCGUGCAGGUUCGAAGUCCAGAACGACUGAUUAUCCCGCUCUUCCGCCCAGUAAUUUCAGUCCUUCGGGCCACACUGCGCAACUCCCUACCUCACCUAGACGUGCCCCCAGUAUUUCUCCCUCUGACAGCGCCAGUCUUGCACCAUUCAAAGCUGCAGCGAUGUUUGCAGAGAGGAACAGAGCUAUGGCAGCAGCUGCGGAGGCAGAGGCCGCAGCCUCCAGGCGAGGUGCCAGCUCUGGGCCAAUGUCACCUUCUCACCAAUCACGCCCGUUCUCGCCUUACCGACACGCCGCCACUCAGGAGGACCUCCUCUUUGCAGCCACCUCAGCUGCCCAAGUGCCUCCACAGCCUACAGGGCAGUCACAGGUGUCUCAAGCUCAGUCCCAUGCCUCGCAAGCACGCUCGCGUGUGUCGCAAGCACGUUCUCAAGCAUCGCAAGCACAAUCUCAUGCUUCGCAAUCACGCUCGCAUAUGUCGCAUGCGCGUUCUCAAACACAAUCCCAGGUUUCUCAAGCGCGAUCGCAGGCUUCGCAAGUACGAUCUCAAGUCUCCCAAUCACAGUCUCAAGCCCCGCCGGCGCGGUCUCAAGUGUCUCAGGCGCCGCGGUCUCAGGUGGCACGGUCGCAGGUAUCUCAAGUUCGCUCUCAGGUGUCACAGGGAAAGGGUGACGGUAGCAGGGUAUCUCAUGCUACCUCACAUCGCUCUCAAAGCCGUGCCAAGUCUCCGUCCCAACUAGGAGGACCAUCCCAAGAAGGAGACCACGGCGGCGAAAUCACUCCAACCCCUUCUCGACCUACUUCACCAGCGUUCUCUCUUGACCAGCGUGAGGCUGAGAUUGUCGCCCAAACACUAGCGUCUAGGGGUUCUGGGGCGCGUACCUCCUACGCUGCCAGUACUCUUGAGACCGACAUAGUCAACUCGCACUUCCACGACAUGGACCUGUGCAUCCUCUUACAUCAAAUGGAUGACUCUACCACUCAUGAAAUCGUCAAGAAGGCCCUUCGCAAGGCUGUUAGGCAACGUGUUAAACGCCUUGGUUUGAAGCACGAUCAUGAGUCCAUUCAGCAGUACAGAAAGUCAUUCCACGACCAUGACCCAGAGGUGCACCUGAACGAAGACUACGAUCCCAGCAAGGAGGCUCCGCCGGCCUGGGCAAAGGAACUCAUGGAAGGGAUGGCAAGGGUGCAAGAACGUCUUGAUGUUCUCAGUCCCUUGUCCAUGAACUCUAACAUGCUUACUGGGAGUCAGCAAUCAUAUGCGGGAUCUGUUCGGUCGGGCGAUUCUCAACAGCAAUAUGGCGAGACCGAGUAUACUGAAGGAGGCGAGCAGUACACAGAGCAUACAGAGCACACUCCUCGGACACAGACCGUUAACAUCAACACUCAAGUCACAGGAACCAUGGCUGAAUCCAUGUACCAGCCUGGCGAGACAGAAAUCAUCGACGAUGAGGUUUAUGAGGAUGAGGCGGUGGAUCAACUUUACCCUCCUGAAGAGAUGCACCAAACCAGCGAGUUCAUGGAUGGCAGAGAUGAUUCACCUGGACAACAGUUCUUGGAAGAAGAACUGUACAAGCUUCGUGUGAAGCAAGGGGGGAGCCAGUCUGGUCACACUCACAAGACUUGGGAGGUCGCCAGGGACGAGCAGGAUGAGUAUGAGGAAGGACAUGGUGCCUUCACAGAGUCUGGUCUGCCCGAGAUUCCCGAUUCUGAACGCAAAGGGUCGCCCUCCCUUCCUCCUCUUCCGCAAGAUGCGAGCAUAAGCCAGCCACAGUCACACUCCUGGCAUCCUGGUGCGGUGGAUGAACGCGGCGAACCCAUCCUACCACCCUGGCAGCGCAUCCACCAGCGACUCCUCGGCUGGGCGGUCGUGUGGCCCAUGAGUGAGCUUGACCAGGCUCUAGACAGUACUACACGGGGACACCAAGUCAACGAAACCGCGCUCAGUGUCUGGUCAGCUCAGACAUACAAGCGCUACGUCCGAAGCCGGAUGACGGAUAGCCCUGACGGGCGUGUGGACCGGCUGUUUGUUCCUCCCAACGUCGCAGAUGCUAUCAGCACCGCCGUUUUCAAUGGGCGGCACCACGACGCAUGCAGCAUGCUCAAGGAGCUAUGGGCUCCCUUCGGUCUAGAUGGAACUCCACGCUUAAUCAUUGUUCUGGCCAAGCAUCGCUCGGACGCGAACCACUGGGUUGUACACCGAUUCUCGCUGCCGGACGGCGCUUUGACCACCUAUGACUCCUACCCAGAACGCACUCUUCCUGAUGGCCGACCGCUGGGAUGGUGGUUUGCGAUUCGUAUUGCCUGGCCACAUGCCAUCAUGGCCAACCCCGACCAUCUCAUGCAGAAGAUGGUCCGCCUCCAUCGCCCAAUGCAACUCAACAUUGACAACUCGGUGGCAGCAGCUGGCAUCUGGCGCAACGUCCUCAUGGGCUCGCGCGCAGAGCGCAGCCUCGACCUCGAGCGUUUGCGCGAUCUAAUCAACACUGAAGUCCGCAACCUCCGCCAGCGCAAGUUGCAGGGCAAGUUGUCCAUCUCCAACUCCAAAAACCAUCAAUGGGGGGAGGAGCUGUAAGAGGAACGAAUUCCAUGUUACCCGAAGAUUACGACUUUAGAAGACUAUCACGACGGAUGGAUUGUUGAGGGAUAGAUGCUGGCCAUUGGAGCUCUGAACACUCGUUGAUUCCCUGCUAUGGUUGCGACGGACACUAAAUUGCUCACUUUUUUCUUUUACUCUUUACUCAUCUGACAACCUGAAUGUUCACGAAAUAUAUCUGUAACACUUGUAGGUAGCUUGUAGUUGGUAGGGUGUAAUAGACAUACGUUUAUGACUUGC